AUGAAAAUAUCGUCCGAUAUAUCCCCGGUUGACGGUACUUUUACUAAAUCGGAAUUAACUAAGCUCCUAAAUGAUUUACGGACUUAUUGCGAUAAAGGAGCUCUUGAUUUUGAUACUCCAGGAGCACUAGGUAAAGAAGAUUACUUUCGUCUCACUGGAGUUUUAGCAGCAGACUUUAAUAAGCUUUUCGCAAAAGUAAAAAAUUGUAUACGCAGUACCACGGUUAGGAGCGCUCGCACAAGUUUGGUAAUAUGCCUCAUGAAAUUGAGAACUGAUCUUUCCCAUACAAUUCUGUCAACACUCUUUCGAAUACCCAGAAGAGCAAUCGGCAAAGCAAUAGAUUCAGCAAGAGAAGCUUUGGUUUUUGCGAAGGAAACUGGAGAAGAAGUAUUAAGGAAUAUCGAAAGAGAUUUCCUAAUCGUGUGGUGCCUCAUAGAGAAACAUUUUCCACUAUUGAAAGGCGGGCUCGAGAAACGGGAAGAUUUUCAAAUAAUACUCCAGAACGUCCCAUCAAAAUUAGGGUACAAGAAGAAAAAAAUGUUUUGA